AUGAAUCUUCUGGCGACACUGAAACUUCUCCCUAUUGUGGUUACAUGGCUCGUGGUGUACAGCCAUCCGGACGCUCCUAGCUCCUCCGUUGAAUGGAAUAUCCUGCAACGAGACUCAUGGACCGUGAAGUCUUCAUCGCUUUACAGAAAAGCACUCCCCAACGCUCCCGAUGGGUACACACCGCAGGGUAAAGCUUGUCCUGUAGAUAGACCAUCCAUCCGCAAUGGGUCGACAUUGUCAACGAACGAAACGGCAUGGUUGAAACAGCGACGAAACGCUACCGUGGAUGCGAUGAUCGGCUAUCUGGGCCGAUUGGACUUCGGUUCACUAAACGCAUCUUCUUAUAUCGAGAAGAAUGCUAACAAUGCAUCUGCGCUACCCAAUAUUGGGAUUGCAGCGUCUGGUGGUGGUUAUCGAGCACUGAUGAACGGCGGCGGUGCUCUACAAGCAUUUGACUCUCGUACUCCUAACUCGAGUCUUCAGGGCCAUCUGGGAGGAAUCCUGCAGUCGGCAACAUAUCUCUCCGGGUUGAGUGGAGGCAGUUGGCUGGUCGGGUCCGUCUAUCUCAACAAUUUCACGGAUAUCACGUCCCUGCGAGACAGCGAGACGGUGUGGCAGUUUCAGGAUUCCAUUUUCGUCGGUCCAACCCAGAGUACUCAUUUUUCUUUCAAGUCUUUCGAGUACUACUCGCAAUUGCAGGAUGCAGUGAGCGGGAAGUCGGACGCUGGGUACAAUGUUUCUAUCACGGAUUACUGGGGUCGCGCGCUCGCCUACCAACUCAUCAACGAUACCGAAGGUGGUGUCAGCUAUACCUGGUCCUCCAUUGCCCAAAGUAUGGAUUUCCAGAGCGGAAGCAUGCCCAUGCCUAUCGCCGUCGCGGAUGGCAGAGCUCCUGGGCAGAUCCUUAUCCCAGACAACGCGACCGUGUUUGAAUUCAACCCCUGGGAAUUUGGGACGUUUAAUCGUCCCUUGGAAGCCUUUGUGCCUUUAGAGUUUCUCGCGUCCAACUUCUCCGCCGGGGCGCUUCCCAUAGGCCAACAGUGCGUCCGCGGGUUCGAUAAUGCCGGGUUCGUGAUGGGGACAUCAUCGUCGCUAUUUAACCAAGCGUUCCUGCAGAUCAACAACACCGAGGCGUCUGAUAUAGUGAAAAAUUCUAUUGAAAAGAUCCUGGGUUCGAUAGGGGCGGCCAACAAUGAUAUUGCUGUGUACGACCCGAACCCAUUCUAUUUGUACAGCAACCAGUCCGAGUACGCUAGCUCUACGUCUUUGACCUUAGUGGACGGUGGAGAAGACCUCCAGAACAUCCCCCUGGAACCUCUGCUACAGCCGCAGCGCAUACUGGACUUGGUCUUAGCGCUUGACUCGUCCGCUGAUACGAGCACACAAUGGCCCAACGGCACCUCCAUGGUCGCCACGUACGAGCGCAGCCUGAGCCCGCUGGGCAAGAGCAGCGGCCUCGCUUUCCCGCCCAUACCGGACCAGAACACCUUUAUCAACUUGGGGUUGAAUAGCCGUCCGACCUUCUUCGGCUGCAACAGCUCUAACGUCACCGGCGCUGCCCCGCUGGUUGUAUACAUCCCAAACGCGCCGUACAUCUACCAGUCCAACGUAUCCACAUUCGACCUGCAAUAUAAUACCACUGAGCGUGACGCCAUCAUUGAAAACGGCUAUGAUGUUGCCACGCUGGGAAACGCAACCAUCGAUUCCGACUGGCCGACGUGCCUGGGUUGUGCCAUCUUGAGUCGGAGUCUUGAACGCACCAACACCGCUAUCCCAGAGAGCUGCACUGCGUGUUUCCAACGAUACUGCUGGAAUGGCACGACGAACAGCACCAACCCGGGAACUUACGAUCCUGCUUAUAAGCUAUCGCCGCUGACUAUCUAG